CCGCAAAAUGACCGACAAGAAAGACAUUUGGAAAAGCCGGUACUACCUUAUCCUUAGAACCUACAUGACCAUAUCGGGUAUAUGGCCGUAUCGUAGACCUCGCGACAGAUACAUGCACUUUAUACCGACGUUUAUAUUCAGCAGUAGUAUUCUGAUACCACAGUUACUGUACGUGUUCGUUGCCUCAGAACUCAAUGACGUGAUAGAAAGUCUAAUGGCAGCGAUAAUCAGUAUAAUAUUCAGCCUUAAAGUAGCGAACAUAAUGUUUAACAAAAAUAUAAAGUCUUGUCUCAAGACAAUAGAGGAGGAUUGGCUGUCAUUAAAAACAGAUGUAGAAAUAUCUAUCCUGCAACGCCACGCCGAACACGGACGAUAUCUAACGACAUCUUAUGCAGUUUUUAUGCAUAUGAUACAAGUUUUCUACUUGGUCAAACCAGUCCUUCUGACGCUCUUAGAGACCGAUAUCGCGAAUUCUACGAAGGCGUCUAUAUCGAAGCUGCCAUUUCGUGUCGAGUACGGUGUGGACGUAGACCGAUACUUCUAUCCAAUAACGAUUCACUGCUAUCUAGCCGUGUUCGCUCAUGUAUUCAGUACAGUCGCGGUCGACGGUCUGUACUGCACAUUGAUUCAACAUGCUUGUGGGAUGUUCUCCAUUGUCGGACACGUGCUAGAGGAAAUUGGUAAAAAUAACGAUGCUAAAUCUCGUCUGACGCUAAACAAGAUAGAGAACAAUGAUUACAAGAAGGCACUGAAUUGCUUGCGUAGACAUCUACAAGUAAUAGAAUUCGCGGAGCUAAUCGAGUCUACGUUUACAAAUGUAUUUCUGAUCAGCGUUAAUCUGAAUAUGAUCGGUGGAAGUGUUACCGGUAUACAGAUGGUGAUGAAUUUAAACAAAGGUGUUAGAGAAGCAGCAGCGCCCAUGGCUAUUUAUAUCGCGCAACUUGUGCAUAUCUUUCUACAAUUCUGGCAAGCACAGUUUCUGUUAGAUUACAGUAUCGUCCCGUGCGAGUCUAUCUGCAGAGGGAAAUGGUAUUAUACUUCGAGGAGAUGUCAGAGGCUGUUUCUUUUAAUUAUGACUAGAACUGUAUCACCGUGCAGAAUAACUGCCGGCAAAAUCGUAACGUUAUCAAUCGAAAGCUUUGGUACGGUUUUAAAAACGAUGAUGUCUUAUUUUACGGUGCUACGUUCCUUCCAGUGAUACUGUCACGUCGAAGUAACCAUACAUAAUUAACAAUACGUCGUUAGCAGAAUAAAACUGUGUAUGAAAUUCUCCCUUAUCCGAAUGCCAGUAUUAUAAUACAAUUAACGCUGAGUUAAUUUAAGAAUUAAGCCUCUAUACAUUUUCUUAUUCCACACCUCAUCGCGUAUACGCGCAAUACAGCGAUAUUAUUUGUUUGUAAUAUCUCAAUUCUGUAAUA